AUGUUGCUAAGGAGCUUCACUAGAGCUCAUGGCUUCAGACCAAAGUCUUGUGCUGGCCCUCAAGUAUGGCACACACGUUCAACUGGGCUUCGCAUUUUUACCAAAGCUACUCGGCCCUUCAAAGACGAUGCCAGGAAAACCGAUAUACAGAGCCAGGCGCUCAUAUCAGGUAAAACGACGGAUGAUACACCCGGAACAGUGCCAGAGACUGCUCGAAAACCUUCACCUGCGAUACCCAUAGCUGCCCGGAAGGAUCCUCUCGCUCUUGGGGACAAAACCACCUCUGAACAGCGAAAGGCUGAUUGGGCAAUCAUCAAGGAGAUGACACAGUAUCUAUGGCCGAAAGAUAGUCUGGGUACAAGAUUCCGGGUUGGGGCAUCAGUCCUGUUGCUGGUUGGGGCAAAAGUUUUGAAUGUCCAAGUGCCUUUUUAUUUUAAAAGCAUCGUCGAUUCUAUGAACAUCGAUUUUGCGGCUGUUGGAGGAACCGCUACUACGGUUGCUGGAUCAAUGAUAUUGGCAUACGGGGUGACGAGAAUUGGAUCAACUCUUUUUCAGGAGCUGAGGAACGCGGUGUUCGUUAGCGUUUCGCAAAAGGCUGUCCGAAGCGUUGCCCGCGAUGUGUUCGGACAUCUUCUUCGAUUGGACUUAAACUUCCAUCUUACCAAACAGACUGGCGGCCUAACGAGGGCUAUUGAUCGUGGUGCUAAAGGUAUCACGUUCCUCCUCCAAUCGAUGGUCUUUCAUAUUCUACCUACAGCUUUGGAAAUAUCUAUGGUGUGUGGUCUUUUGACAUACCACUAUGGUCCUAAAUUUGCGGCAGUCACUGGCUUGACUAUGGUAGCGUAUACCGCUUUCACAAUCACGACAACUGCUUGGAGGACGAAGUUUCGAAGGCAAACAAAUGCCGCAGACAAUAAAGGAUCUACAGUUGCAGUUGACUCCUUGAUCAAUUAUGAGGCGGUGAAGUAUUUCAAUAAUGAGAAGUAUGAGGUCGGAAGAUACGACAUGGCCUUGAAGCAGUACGAGAAAGCCUCCAUAAAAGUAGCCACCUCCCUCGCGUUUCUCAACACAGGGCAAAAUGUGAUCUUUUCAUCGGCGUUGACAGCCAUGAUGUAUCUGGCAGCAGAUGGUGUCGCUUCAGGCGACCUGACCGUUGGAGACCUUGUCAUGAUCAACCAGCUCGUUUUUCAGCUUUCGGUACCGCUCAACUUCUUAGGCUCAGUUUAUCGUGAGAUGCGUCAGUCUCUCUUAGAUAUGGAGACGCUAUUCAACCUUCAGAAGGUCAACACUUCCAUUAAAGAGCCUGCAGAUGCUAAGCCGCUACAACUUACAAAGGGCGGCGAAAUCACAUUUCAGAAUGUGACAUUUGGCUAUCACCCGGAUCGACCGAUCUUGAAGAAUCUCAGCUUGACCAUUCCGGCCGGGAAAAAGGUUGCAGUAGUUGGGCCCAGCGGAUGUGGCAAGUCCACAAUUCUCCGGCUCCUGUUCAGAUUUUAUGAUGUCCAAGAAGGAAAAAUAUUCAUCGAUGGGCAGGAUAUCACAAAAGUGACUUUAGAGUCGUUACGAAAAGCCAUUGGAGUUGUUCCUCAAGACACACCUCUUUUCAACGACUCCAUUGAGCAUAAUAUCAAGUACGGCGAUAUGACCGCUUCUCAUGAUCGAGUUGUGGCCGCCGCACAAAGGGCUAAGAUACAUGAUAUCAUCUCGUCCUUUCCAGAUGGCUAUAGUACCAUGGUCGGGGAGCGGGGAAUGAUGAUUUCUGGAGGAGAGAAGCAGCGCUUAGCUGUUUCGCGGUUGAUCUUGAAAGAUCCACCUCUGCUCUUCUUUGAUGAGGCGACCUCUGCCCUAGAUACCCAUACUGAGCAAGCGUUGAUGUCCAAUAUCAACAGCAUAUUGAGGGAGAAGAGCCGGACGAGUGUCUUUGUAGCUCAUCGACUGAGGACGAUCUACGACAGCGAUAUGAUUAUCGUGCUCAAGGAGGGCCACGUGGCUGAGAGUGGUACACAUCGAGAUCUGAUUGAUACUGGUGGUGUCUAUUCAGAGCUUUGGAGCGCCCAAGAAACUUUGUUCGAUGGCAAUGGUGAAGAGCGGGAGGUAGAUAUUGAUACUCCUGAAAUAGGCGAGAAAGGACAAGACCGUCCUACAAUAUAG